AUGUCAGCGCUGGAGCUGAAACGCCCGGCGCUUCCAACGGGCGAAGAGGAACCCGACGCAAAAACGUCCUCGAUCGCCAACACCCUAGCCGACGCGGAUACCGCCCUCUUCCACGCGCAUCGAGCCGCCCACACAAAAUUUGUUGUCCACAACGCAUGCCCGAGAUUCGAGCUCUCCAACGUGGUCAAGCAAGCAUGGAACAUGCGAAACGAACACCCACUGGUCCAAGAACUCACUCGACUCCCAGAUCAGGUCGAUGCCCAAAAUGAAGUCGUUCAUUUCGUAUCGACUGGCGAAAUGAUUGCACGCUAUGUUCUUCACUACAAAAUCGCAUGGACUUUGCACAAGAUCAGCAGUGCAGAAAGGAUAAUUCGGCAGGAGAAGUAUACUAUUGUCUACGCCGUUUCGGAUGCUCAGCUUCUUCUGCUGAUGGAGCAUUUGCGGUUGCCAGUAAGUUUCAACAACAGCUGACCAUGAAAACGAAGCCGCUGACCUAACCCUACCAGGCCCAGAGCUUCGACGUGCAGACCCGAGCACGAAUCGACCAGAAGGGCAAGAGACAUCUCAAAUCAAUCUACAUCUACAAGGUCAUGGAAGAAGCCAUUGCGCUAGCGUAUCAGAGCCUGACGGGCCCUUGUGCCAUUUUUCAGGUUCGCAAGUGGUGCACGGAUGAGAAGAGAGACAAGCCCUACAUGGCUUUUGCUUUCUUCGAGGAGUUGGCCAUCGAUGCACAGGUCAAAUUCACGAUCAAGAUACUGUAUCAAGAGAUGAGCUACUUUCAAGUCCUGCCUGCUGAGGGUCUGGUUCGGGCUUGA